AUGCUCAUGUUCAAUGGCUCAGUCUUCAUGCCUUCUGUGUUAACACUAGUUGGGAUCCCUGGCUUGGAGUCAGUGCAGUGCUGGAUCGGUAUUCCAUUUUGUGUCAUGUACAUCAUUGCUUUGAUCGGGAACUCCCUAAUCUUAGUAAUAAUAAAAAAUGAAAAGAGCCUCCACAUACCCAUGUACAUUUUCUUGGCCAUUUUGGCAGUCACAGACAUUGCCCUUAGCACAUGCAUUCUCCCAAAAAUGUUGGGCAUCUUCUGGUUUCAUAUGCCACAGAUUUCCUUUGACACCUGCUUGCUACAAAUGGAACUCAUCCACUCAUUCCAGGCAACAGAAUCAGGCAUCCUCUUGGCCAUGGCUCUGGAUCGCUAUGUAGCUAUCUGUAACCCCCUGAGACAUGCCACCAUCUUUUCUCAACAACUCAUGACUUACCUUGGAGCUGGUGCAUUACUCAGAGCUUUCAUUCUUGUAUCCCCAUCCAUAUUGCUCAUCAAAUGUCGCCUUAAGUACUACCGAACUACCGUUGUCUCCCACUCUUACUGUGAGCACAUGGCCAUUGUGAAAUUGGCAGCUGAAGAUAUCAGAAUCAACAAGGUAUGUGGCCUUCUUGUUGCCUUUGCCAUCUUAGGGUUUGACAUAGUCUUCAUUACCUUCUCCUAUGUGCGAAUCUUCAUCACUGUCUUUCAGCUGCCCCAGAAGGAGGCUCGAUUCAAAGCCUUCAACACUUGCAUUGCUCACAUCUGUGUCUUCCUACAGUUCUACCUCCUGGCCUUCUUCUCUUUCUUCACCCACAGGUUUGGAGCUAACAUACCCCCCUAUGUGCAUAUCCUCCUGUCAGAUCUUUACCUGUUAGUUCCACCUUUUCUCAACCCCAUUGUCUAUGGUGUUAAAACUAAGCAAAUCCGAGACAAAGUCCUGAAGAUGCUUAUUUCCAAGAAACCUCUGUGA